CAAUUGUAUAGACCCUACGUCUUAUGGAGUUCGUGGUGGGAGGUAUUGGAAGAGGACUAGAAUAAGCAGGGAAGGCAAGAGUCAUGCAUAGAAGAGAUAAGAGGAACCAGAUCUCAGAAGUGAGAAAGGGUUUGGAUUAACAAUCGAAUCAAUGGGAGUCGCACCAAAGACAGUUCUCAACAGGGACAACACCUAAGGAAGGGGACCAGGUGAGAAGUUAUUCUCGAGGCAGUAGAAAAACCAACCCGGCUAAACUGUGGUGCUCAGAGACCGGGAAGAUGCAUGGUUGAAUGGGAAAGGAGAGCCAGAUCACAGAGCACCUGGAAACCAGAUGCAAUAGGCACUGAUCUGGGGGUCCUGAGAUCUCUGUCUGAAGGAAAUUUCUGAAGGAAAUUGGGGAUGGGAGGCAUUCACCAUAGGCUGCAUGCUGUACCGUGUGCUUUAUUAAAUGUCACUGUAGCACACAUUCCAAUCUCAGCUGGUGACCACUAGUGUAAGUUCUUUUGUUUCAGAACCCAAAAAUAGUGCAAUGGAAGUACAUUCUGGGGGGAGUGAGGAGAAAAGGAUAGAGGGACAUUUUAGCCAAAGUCUUGGACAUGCCAGGAAUAGCUGGUCCAGGUAGGUCCAGGUAGGGGCCCACCCAUGAUAAAUAACCAGGGCCUGAGGAAGGCUAUUCCAGAAGAGAGGAAAAGAAAUUAGUAGAGUUGAGAAGAUAAAUUUCACCCAAUUCGCAGUUUUGCCUACCGUUGGCCAUUUUCAUAUCAGUAUAGGUGGAAUCACUGUUUCUUAUCACCUAUUAAUUCGUUGAAUGGAUGUUCCUUUAUUCUUACAAUUAAAAUCAAGAGCUGGGGAAGUCUCUGCAUUCCUUGUGUAUGGCCAGCUGAGGGUUUGUGUAGCUUCCAAAGUACACUAGAAGACACAGUCUUUCCUCAAUUCAUAUCCCAUGCAGGCCCACCCUAAGGCCAGGAUACCUCCGGUCAGCAAUAGGAUGGAAAAAGAAUUGUUCUCACCAAAGGAAUCUACAGAAAAGUUGCUGUGAAACUGGAAUAGGUGUGUCUUUCUGUCCUUCCGGUUCUUUUUAUAGGCACUGAGGAACCUGAGUGAGGGCCUGCAGUUCUUCCGCCCAUUUGGGGAGAGAUUAAAGAAGCUGAGGUCGUCUCCUUCUUACUCAUUUGCAGUUACAACCUUGCCACCUCCAGCCUCAGCUCCCAGAGUGGACACGGAGAAGGGCAUCAGAAAACCAUUCUCGUGAGGUCCACUUAGAAGUCACCAUGUAUGAGGACUGCAUUGAGUCCACUGGAGACUACUAUCUCCUCUGUGACACUGAGGGGGCCUGGGGCAUUGUUCUGGAGUCCCUGGCUGCAAUUGGCAUAGUGGUUACAAUUUUGCUCCUCUUGGCAUUUCUCUUCCUCAUGCGAAAGGUCCAGGACUGCAGCCAGUGGAAUGUCCUCCCCACCCAGUUCCUCUUCCUCCUUGGGGUGCUGGGGCUCUUUGGACUCGCUUUUGCCUUCAUCAUCCAGUUCAAUCAACAAACUGCCCCAGUGCGCUACUUUCUCUUUGGGGUUCUCUUUGCUCUCUGUUUCUCAUGCCUCCUGGCUCAUGCCUCCAACCUAGUGAAGCUGGUCCGGGGUAGAGUCUCUUUCUCUUGGACAACAAUUCUGUGCAUUGCUAUUGGUGUCAGCCUGUUGCAGACGAUUAUUGCCAUUGAGUAUGUGACACUCAUCAUGACCAGAGGUAUGAUGUUUGUGCACAUGACACCCUACCAGCUGAACGUGGACUUUGUUGUACUCCUGGUCUACGUCCUCCUCCUGAUGGCCCUCACGUUCUUCGUCUCCAAAGCCACCCUCUGUGGCCCAUGUGAGAACUGGAAGCAGCAUGGAAGGCUCAUCUUCGCCACUGUGCUCAUCUCCAUCAUUAUCUGGGUGGUGUGGAUCUCCAUGCUCAUGAGAGGCAACCCACAGCUCCAGCGACAGCCACAGUGGGACGAUGCGGUCGUCUGCAUUGGCCUGGUCACCAACGCUUGGGUUUUCCUGCUGGUGUACAUCAUCCCUGAGCUCUGCAUUCUCUACAGAUCUUGUAAGCAAGAUUGCCCUUUGCAAAGCAAUGCCUGCGCAGUGCCAGUCUACCAACGCGCCUUCCGAGCGGAGAACCAGGAGCUCUCCAGAGCCCGAGACAGUGAUGGAGCUGAGGAGGAUGUAGCAUUAACUUCAUAUGGUACUCCCAUUCAGCUGCAGACUGUUGAUCCUGCACAAGAGUAUUGCAUCCCUCGGGUGACAGUAAGCUCCCAGCAAGAUGCAGAAUCCUAAAAUCUACAGGAAACAUGAAUAGUCAAGACCCAGAAGACAAGCCUGGUAAAGGGGGCCCCAACAGGCCUCCGGGAAGCUCCCAGAGUCAGGCUGCACAGGAAACCUCAGCUCAGCCUGCCUCCUCUGUUUGCUGGCCUUGUCCAUCCAUCUGGAUCUGUUAUGGAAGACUGCCCAUUCGAGCAUAAUUACAAUCUUGCUGGCCACCCUAUGUGUCUCUUUCUUCAUUUGUGUAACUGAAAAAUUCCCUUUCUUAGACAUGCUGGAACGAAUUGGUGCCUCUUACUAACAACUGAAAGACUCUGGUCUGCAGGAAUUAGGAUCAUUCUAA